CUUUUUAAAAAUCCACUUCCGGUAUAUUGGAGGAAAACAACUUUUUACAAGAUAUAGGUAAACAUCAAUGUUAGAAAAUCGUGUGAGAAAAAGUUACAAAUUUAUUCAGGAUGGCAUUUAUUUACUGCAGAUUUAAAUGUAUUAUUCGUAAAUUUCCUCUUGUUAACGUAUAUGGCCAGUGAAGAUAGUAAAAUUACUAACUAAACAAAUCAGACGAUAUUGGGAUGCCACAAAGUUAGCAGUAGAUAGUUCCAUCGACUAUAAUCGGAAAUGACAGACAAUAUGGAUGAUGCUUCUCAAAAGAAAGCCCGUACAUUUGACUUCAUGGAAAUGUUUAAGGAGGCCAGACAAUCAGCCAUAGAUCGUAAUCAAGGUAAAUUUGAGGAGAAUGUAGACCAUGCUAGAACCAGUAAUGAUGAUGUCAGAGGUCUACCUUUUCCGGCUGCUCACAGAUCUUCCAAAACUGUUGACCAGGAAGGACCUUCGCAAUCUCAGAUUUUGUCCAAAGAGAAGGAUAGUGAUGAAGAGGAUAUGAUAGGUCCCCCACUCCCUCCAGAUAUAGCCAAGGGACCCAAAACCGCAACAGAUGAUGAUGUGAUAGGACCUCCAUUACCUCCUGGAUUGUCCACAUCAAAAGAUUCAGAUGAUGAGGAUGAAGAGGAAGAAGAAGAAACUUUAGACAAGAAAAUACCUUCAUCUCAUGAAAUUUCCCUGGGCCAUGGAUUAAAAGCUGUGUCGUCCUUAGCCCUGGAUCCAUCCGGAGCUCGACUGGUCACAGGAGGACAUGACUUUAUUGUCAAGUUUUGGGAUUUUGCUGGAAUGGACCAAAGUCUGCAAUCAUUUCGAAACAUUAAACCAUGUGAAAGUCAUCUCCUGAAGCAACUGCAGUAUAGUGCCACAGGUGAAAUGAUUCUGAUCAUAGCUGGUAAUUGCCGGGCCAAAGUGGUUGACCGUGAUGGAUUUGAGAAGUUGGAGUGUGCCAAGGGGGACCCGUACAUUGUAGACAUGACUAGUACUAAGGGACAUACAGCUAUGUUAAAUGGGGGCAGUUGGAAUCCAAAAAUGAAAGAAGAAUUUAUGACUUGUUCCAAUGAUGGCACUGUGAGACUGUGGGAUGUGAACUCCGAGGGGAAGAAACACAAAAACUGUAUCAAACCUAAAUCCCAGCAGGGGAGGAAAAUAGUCCCCACAGCCUGUACCUAUAGCAACGAUGGCCGCUGGGUGGCAGCUGCAUGUCAGGAUGGAUCCAUCCAGAUCUGGGAUCAUAACAAAUCAUUUGUGAAUGUAGCACUCAUGAACAGAGGAUGUCAUAUGAAUGGUACUGAUACUUCCUGUUUGUGUUUCUCAUACGAUGGACAAUGUCUGGCAUCUAGAGGAGGUGAUGACACACUUAAACUCUGGGAUAUAAGGAAUUUCAAGAAACCUCUGAAAGUACGAGAAAAUUUGGUCAGCUAUUAUCCUGUGACUGACUGCAUUUUUAGUCCUAAUGACAGAAUGGUGUUAACAGGAACCUCUGUAAAGAAACAGGGAGAUGGUCAGCUUCUUUUCAUGGAACGAGAGUCAUUAGAUAUAGUGUCCGAAAUUACUGUGGCUGAAUCAAGUGUUGUACGGUGUAUAUGGCAUCCCAAACUAAACCAGAUAGUCAUUGGCUGUAGUGAUGGAAAGGCUCAUCUGUAUUAUGAUCCUGAUAAAAGUCACAGGGGAGCAAUGCUGUGCAUGGUGAAACAGCCCAGGAAAUCUAAGCAGGUGCUAGCUUUAGCAUCUCAACAAAUAAUCACACCUUAUGCUUUGCCGAUGUUCAAAGAAACCAAAUCUACCAGUACCAAGAAAUUUGAAGAGAGAGUUAGGAAGGACCCCAUUAAAUCUAAGCGACCAGAAUUGCCUGUGACUGGACCAGGUGAGGGUGGUCGGUUGGGUGUGAAAGGAGCCACACUAGCUCAGUAUGUGGCUCAGAGUCUGGUGAAGCGGAAACCAGAUAAAUACGAAAAUGACCCUAGGGCAGCCAUUUUAAGACAUGCCAAGGAGGCUGCAGAAAACCCAUUUUGGAUUGACCCAGCUUACAACAAGACCCAGCCUCAAAAAAUCUUCCAGGAGGAGGAAGAUAAAGAAAAGGAGGAAGAUCAUGAUGAACCAUUAUGGAAAAAACAAAAAGUGUGAUUCAAAUGUCCUGACAAAUUAACAGACUGCAGGUCAAUUUGUUUUAACUGUGUCCUCCCAAUCACUGAUAGGAAAUUGAGAUGGUUCCACAUCUAGUUGGAUGUGUGUCAUGCAAUGGACAUGUACAAGUGUUGUGUCAGAUUGCAGUAAGGGUGAACAGUAGACUGAAAAGAAAAUUUACCUUCAUUCUUACAGGAUUAGAAUCGACAUUUUCAUUAGAAAUCUGGUUGUCUGAUAACAUUGUUGUUUUAUUAAUACACCUCAAAUGUAUAAUGGCUUCAUUCCCAAUAAAAUAUAUCAACAUAA